AUGAUGAAGAGCAGGUAUGUAACGGUCUAUCCGUUGCGAAAGAAGAGCGACGUUGCGAGUGCGUUCAAGCGGUUGUACAAAGAGAUCAAGACAGCGUCUGGAACGAAGAUAAAGGUGUUGCGAAGUGACAACGGCGGCGAAUACCGGAACGAAACGAUGAACAAAUUUUGCAAGGCAAAGUUCAUUAAGCAAGAGUUCACGGUUCCGUACAACCCAGAGCAGAACGGGAUGGCGGAGCGGAUAAACCGCACGCUGGUGGAGAUGACACGCUGUAUGCUCAAGGAAAGCGGCCUCGACAAGUCGUACUGGUGCGAGGCACUGAUGACAUCUGCAUACAUCAGAAACAUUCUGCCGAACGCGUCGAACAAGAACUCAAGCCCACACGAGAUGGUGUUCAAGAAGGUUCCGCGCAUCGAUCACAUGCACGUGGUUGGUGCGCAAAGCUAUGCGCAUGUGGCGAAGGAGAAGAGGAAGAAGCUGGAUGACUCAGGCGUGCGAUGUUUCUUUCUCGGCUACGCGAAGGAUCAAAAGGCGUUGGCUUCUUAG